AUGAGCAGCCUCCAAGAUGACAGCACCCCUGCGGCUCUCGAGCACUCAAAUCGACCCGCGUCGUACCCGUCUCACAUCGACCCAAACGAGCCGGACACCGCGACCCCGCACAAACCUCCCCGCCCUACUACAACAGAAGAGAAACGAGUCUGGAGAGAGGGGCAGGAUGAGAUGACCUACAACGCAUGGCUAGCGAACGAGGUAGAGCUGGACGACGCCUUUCGCAUCUGGCGAGAUACAGACGACGGCAGACGCGAGGUCGCACAAGUGUAUCGCCGCUUCCCAGGUUUGCGGCUUACAUCCAUGGGCGCCGAGGACGUAUCCUGGUUCGUUAGGGAGAUGUCAACUCCAGGAUUUUCAGUCCCGCAGCUCAAGCUAUUGGUGCUUUUGGCGUCUCCGCGGCGGUCGCUGAAUACGUGCAACCUUCCUGGCCAAUGCCAGCAGCUCUUCCUCUUUUAUGGAUUCAUGGAGUGGCGAAACAUCUUCGGUCCUGAAGCUGGUGAGCGAUCUGACGAAUAUGAUCGUCUCUUCCCCCACUACGGAUAUCUCGAGGGUAACCUUCUUGACUGGCCCAAACCAUGCAAACCAGAAGGCAGAGGGAUUCCAAUGGGAUAUGGAAUCACUCUUCCGCCCGGUGAAGAGGGUUUGCUCACAACGGAGCGUUACCUGCUCAACAAGCCAUUGUACUGGGAUACACCGCCAUACAUCCCAAGCAGCCGCAUAUACCCAGGAACAACUGCAAAGGGCAUAACCGAUUUGCCGGCAGAAGUGCUCGACAAAAUCUUUAAGCGAGUUGGUUUGUUCGGAGGCCCGAUCAUCAUGGCACUGAAGGACCAGCCAUCCGCACAUGCUCCCAGUCGUUUCCACGCCACUUUCGCGCUUCCAACGCAUCGUAUCAAUGUUGAUAGAUGUAUGAAUGUUUGGGCCAUUUCCACAUCGAUGAGAGAGGACCGAUACGACCUGGCUGACUUCAAGAUUCGCUUCAAUCCUAUCUUAACAGAUGGGGUGGCACAAUCUUUCGAAGGCUCUGAUGAGAUUGGCUUUGAUUACGAAGAAGAAGUAGUUCACCUCGGAGCCAGCGUCAAUACAGGCAGGAUGAUCUUCGGUACCGACACUCCUUGCGACCGGACUUUUGUUAAGAGAUGGCUCAACAGCCAACUGUUCUUGGAUGACGCAGGCCACCUGGCUGUGCGAGCCUUCCGUCUGAAGUUCGAUCCUGGUACCCAUGCAAGGGAGGUUUCCAAGCAAUGGCUCUCGGAUAUCUUCAAGCACUUGCACCGGAGGGGCAUUGGAGGUAAAAGUGCUGGCAGCAACACCUUGCUGCUCGACUGGAACGCUCGCGACCUGUAA